GCCCCCUGCCGACGAGAAGAAGCAGGAGGAGGAGAAGGAAGACAACUUUAUGGAGGAGAUGGAACCGGUUACGGAAAGGAUGUGUAAAUACCAGGACUGCUACUGGAUCAUUCCCUGUCUCUUCAAGUACAAAGAAGUCGUUGAGAAGAUGGAGACGAGGCCAGAUGACGUGUUCGUCUGCAGCUUCCCUAAGUCCGGUACAACAUGCGACACAGGAGAUCACUUGGCUAAUCCUGACAACUUCGAACAUACGACGGAGCUAAGAGCCAUACGCCGUGGACGACUAGGAUCAAAUGGCUGGAAGUAUGGAGUGAAAGGAAAUGCUCGAUCUACCCUACAUCAGCCCGACAGUCUCCCUGAGGGUAAGCAGAGAGGGUUAGACCACGAGGGUCACGUUCGCCGCAUCGGUCGCUUCCUGGGCCGUGAGUUGACAGACGAGCAGGUGGAGGGAAUUGUCGCACACACGACCUUCGACUUCAUGAAGAAGAACGAUGCGGUCAGCUACAAACGCUACACAGAGAACGCGGACUUCACCUUCAUCAAUAAAGGUCAGUGUUACGUGCUAGGGUCAGUGUUACGUGCUAGGGGUCAGUGUUACGUGCUAGACAGCUACAAACGCUACACAGAGAACACGAACACCUCCUUCAUCAACAAAGGUCAGUGUUACGUGCUAGGGUGA